GCGUCCUUGUGCUCAUAUUUGAUUUCAGAACGAAACGACAGUGAUUAAGUUGGUCGCAGUAAGCCAUGGCUCCUUUGCAAAGCAACUCUUCCAUUUCCUUCCUCGCUUCAUUCGUGGUCAUAGCCCUGACUGCCACUGCUUGUGCAGCAGUCAGAAAUGAUCCUUAUAGCUCAUCUAAAGCCCUCCACUUCAUCCGAACUUCCUGCACUGCCACCGACUACCCCAACCUCUGCUUCAGCUCGCUGUCAGGCUACGCGGGCACGAUCCGGACGGACCCCGUCCAGCUUGCGCAGGCCGCUCUGUCGGUGAGCCUGACCGGCGCGCGUGCCACCGCCACCUCCAUCUCCAAAAUUCUGAAGAGCGGCGGCGUGGGGUCGAGGGAAGCCGGGGUCAUAAGCGACUGCGUGGACAACAUCGGAGACUCGGUGGAGGAGCUCCGGAAGACCAUCAAGGAAAUGGAAGGGCUGAGGAAGAGCAAGAACUUUAAGCUAUGCGUCAACGAUAUGCAGACGUGGGUGAGCUCGGCGUUGACGGACGAGAACACGUGCAUGGAGGAGUUUCCGAGCACUAGCAUGGCGCUGGCGGCGCGCAAUUCCGUUAGGGGCGAGAUUGUGAAGGCGGCGCAGCUCACCAGCAAUGCCUUGUCCCUCAUCAAUGGUAUUUCCGGUGUUUAACGACUUGAGUUAAUGGGAAAUUAGUUAUUCUAGUUAAAGAAAUAUAUAUAUUUUAACUGCGUGUAGCUAAAUAUAUAUUGGACUCGUCAGCAGUUGGUACUGUUGCUUAGUGCUCGCUGUGUUUGUGUGCAAAAGUACUUAAUUUGUAAUGUUAAAGAUCAAAAUCAUGUUUUAGCUA